CCUCCCCGCUUUUGUUUCACUUGUCGUCAUUCGGUCUCCGUCCGUCACUGACAACACACUCUUGGUGUCGCCGCGCCGCCGAAGUUCCCGCCAAGUGGAGCCGGCUCCAUUUUUAGCCAAUUUCUGGACUGUCUUGGACCAAUUUCAACAAACAUCAGCACCAUGUCUCGCCGCGACGAGUCCCUGUCGAGCGACGACGGCUCCGGCCACUCCGACUACGAGAGCGCCGAGAGCGCCCUGGCGACGCCGCUGUCGCCGCGGCUGGACUCCGAGGACGACAUGCAGCCCCUGGUCCUGGCCAACCCCAACGCGCCCGCGCCCGUGCACCCCGGCCAGACCCUGAUGCACCGCCUGGCGCUGCGCGUGCAGGUCGCCGCCGCUGGAGGGCCCCAGGACGCCGGCGGCCCCAACUCCCCGCAGCUCGACCCCGUGCGCCAGCAGCAGGUGGAACUGCUGCAGCAGCGCCAGCAAGCCCAGCAAGGCCAGCAAGUUGCACCGGGGCAGCUGCAGGUGCAGGCCCAGCGCAUGCAGCAGUUGCAGCAGCAGAUCCUGCAGCAGCAGCAAGCCCAGCAGAGGCAGCAGCUGCAGCAGCACGUCCACCAGCAGAUCCAGCAGCAGCUGCAGCAGCGGGCUCAGCAGAUGCAGCAGCUGCACCGGCAGGCCCAGGAAGAGCAGCAGCAGGACCUGCAGCAGCCCCAGGAGGCGGGCGGCGCGGAAGGCAACGCGUACAGGUUCGCCUGCAAGCAGUGCCCCCAGCGGUUCACCCACGUGAACCUCCUGACGAGGCACUCCAACGAGGAGCACCCCGUGACCAAGCCCUACGUGUGUCCGGACUGCGGCCGCGGCUACGUCAUCCGGGAGACGAUGGAGGCCCACUACUUGAUGGUGCACCGCAACGAGCGGCCCUACCCCUGCGACCAGUGCGAGAAGGUGUUCGCCCGGCGCGAGUACCUGGUGACGCACAGCCGCGUGCACACUGGCUUCAAGCCCUACCAGUGCGGCGACUGCGGGCGGCGCUUCGCCUGGAAGGGCUGCAUUGACGUCCACAGGCGCACGCACACUGGAGAGCGCCCCUACCUCUGCAUCACCUGCUCCAGGGACUUCGCCACCUUGAGCACGCUCAAGAUGCACGAGAUGAUCCACACCAACUCGUUCCCCCACCCCUGCACCCUGCCCGGCUGCGACCGCAAGUUCCGACGCGGCUACGACCUCCGGAUGCACUCCGCGUUCCACGAGAGGGAAGGCCAGGAGGAAGAUGGAGACGGGGAGGCCGACGACAGCAGGACGGAAGACGAGGUGGCGGUGGCAGUCCUCAACGAUCUGCAGCAGGCGCUGUAGACUGUCCUCCUAGCAACGUGCAUGCCUGUGAUACCUUCGGACUGUUCUGGUGUGUCGUAUCAGUUACUUGCUGACGAGUUCACUCUCAGUGUGGGUUUCGCUAUGCUCUUAUGUGUUUUAUUAUUAUUGACAGAUUGCUUCAAACUUUCUCUAUUUUUAGUUCAGAACCACAAUCCACGUAUUAGUCAUUUUAUGAUGUACGCUGAAUUUGUUAUUGUGUUGUGAUUCGCUUAUGGAAGCAUUUUAAGAGGGGGACCUGUUAAUGUUAUUUUCUCUGAUGAUUUUCUGAUUGAUGAUUUAAUUCUUACGUGUGACUUUGUCGAGACUUUGGGAUGACACGUGUUCGAGAGACCAAGUCUUCAAGAUGGUAUUUCUCAUGGUGAAAUGUCAUUCAAUGAUGGUGAUCUCUUAUUUAUAUGUGUUUACUUAUUUAAUUUUGAACUCAUGUUCCCCCUCAUAUUUAUUUUAAUGAAGUUUUUAGUUUUGUACUAGUCCCAAGUUUCGAAAGUACAAAUAGUUAUACCCAGUUGUACUCUUUCUAGUGUACACGCUUUUAAAUGCAAUAAACUGAUGUUUCUUGUAA